CUCGCUCCAGCGCGCGUGCGCCACGGCUCGCUCGGACGCGAUGCUCGUCCCGCUCGGAGCUCAGAUCACGCUCGCCGAGUUCGUCUCGGGCGGGACGGCGAGGCGGCUCGACGGCGCGUGCGAGUGGAUCGAAGAGUGGCUCCGCCGAUCCGAGGCGGACGCGGCGUGCCCGUCGCCCGCCUCGCUCGCCUUCCGGUUCGCGUCGUGGCUCGAGGCGAGGCGCGUCGACGGCAACUCCGACUGGCUCUCCUUCCUCACGGGCCGCGCGCUGCGCAACCGGCGCCACUUCCUGAGCCAGCUCUACGCGCUCCGCCGCAGCGCGAGCGACGGCCAGGCGUACGUCGCGCAGCUCUUCGCGAUCACCUCGCGGCUGCGCCAGCCGUGCUUGCGGCUGCGCAUCCUGCAGCAGGUGCUCGGCCUCGACGAGCGCUUCUCGCGCGACAUCGUCCACGGCGUGAUCUGCCUCGCGUGCGACGUGGUGGAGAGCAUGGCCACGCGGGCGCCGAGUCGCGAGCCGAGGCCGCACAGCCCGCCCGGCGAGGUCGAGCCUCCGGGCGCGGGCGGCGCGGCUCGCGUGUCCGCGCGCAAGGCGACCAUCGGCCUCCUCCUCUCGCUCGACGACUUUGACGAGGCGACGCGCCUCGAGGCGGACGCGCUCUUCUUCCCUGGGCCAGGAAGCCCGCGCCCCAGGCCGAGCGACCCGGUCGGCGAGAGCGAGCGUCGGAGCAGGGGAUGGCUCGGCUCCUGUCCUCGUCGGCACGGCUACCUCGCCCUCGUGACGAUCCUACGCGCUCCGCAUGACAUGGAUACGGCCUGCGCACACGACCUCACGACGGCUGUUGGUCUCUUGCAUGGCAUGUGGCUUUAUCA